CUCGUUUAGGAGGCCAACAGGGCGAAUAGAUGAACACGAUCAUAUUUCGAGAUGGCCUCCAAGCAACGACAUCCUUUCAGUGCAGUCCCUGCUGCCCAGUACAAUGAGACUGUAUAUCAGUUGAUUGCAGAGUACAGGAAAGACCCUGCUCCUGAGAAGACGGACUUGAUGGUAGGAGUGUAUCAAGACGAUGAGGGAGAAAUUUACACUUUACCAUCGGUCAUCGAGGCGAGGAGGAGACUGUUCAGGGAGCCCCAUUGGCAUCAUGGCUAUCGAUCGUCUCAGAUCGGAUCAGCAACCUUUCUCCAAGUCAGUGCAAGUCUAUUCUUCGGAGAGAACAGUGCGAUCAUGGAAGAGAAAAGAGUAGCGACCGCCCAAUGCCUGGGAGCAAGUGGUGCAUGCUACAUGGCCGCGUGCCUACUAAAGAGGCAUCACGUUGCACAACCAACUGUCUACCUGCCGCGAGAAACAUGGUCAAAUCACGCCAACAUCUUCGAACAUGCAGGGCUGCGAGUCGAAGAAAUACCCUACUUUGACACGAAAGACGCGACUCUCGAUUUCGAUGCUUUUCAUGCGGCCGUAGACCAGCUUCUACCUGAAUCCGUCCUUGUGCUACAAACCGCAGGUCAAAAUCCCACAGGUUGUGAUCCCACAGCCAAGCAGUGGACUCAAAUCGCCGCUACGUGUGCCAUGCGAGGCCACCUCAUCAUAUUUGAUGCAGCAUACUAUGGAAUGGCCAGUGGUUCUAUCGAACAAGACACUGAAUGCAUUCGAAUAUGUGCAGAGGCCAAUGUGUCCAUCAUGCUUUGUGCAACUUUCAGUAAAGCAUUUGGAUUGUACAGCGAGCGUGUGGGAGUUCUUUGCCUUACGGCUCCGAACCCGGAAGUUUGUCAUCGUCUUGAGAUGCAACUACGGUUGAUGACGAGAUAUGAGACUGGCGGCUAUCCGGCUUUUGGUGCUAACAUCGUUGAGCUCAUCUUGACCAGCCCGGAUCUGCGAGCCCAGUGGGAAUUAGACGUCAAGAAAAUGGCGUCUCAGUUGCAACAUCGAAGAGAGAGGUUGCGGGCACUCUUUGGGCAACUCCAAACUCCGGGCAAUUGGGGACUCAUUACAAAGCAAAAAGGAAUGUUUUGCCUUAUGAAUCUAAGUCAAUCUGAGUUGACUAUGCUGAGGAAGCAGCAUCAUGUUUAUCUACAAGACAAUGGUCGGCUUUCGAUCUCGGGUAUCACGAAUGCGAAUAUCGACCGGGUGGCGAAGAGCAUAGACAGUGUUGUGAGAAGCUGUAGUCAACGUACUUCCGUAUUUCUGUCAUCAACACUACUUCUACGAAGCUACAAGAUCACCGAACUCUGGACUGCAACCUUGCGACAAGAGCAAGCAGAGAUGCCGCAUGCAGAGACUUUCCAGCCGCGCACACAACUGCCAAGUAUCAGCUUUCGCAAACUUCACGACGGCGACCACCAAGAACUCCAGAGAUUGAGAAAAACGUGCUCGGAGACUGGCAUCUUCCAUCUCGAUCUGGAUGUAGGCUCUGACCAUUCAUGGCUCCGAGAGCAGCUACUUCACUUUGCGAAAGAAUACUUUGCGCAAGAUCUACGCACCAAGCUGGGAGACUGCAAGAAUGAGGUGUAUGGAUAUGAGCCUGUGGGAACAUCGGAAGGGCUAUCUCGUGGCUUUUCGAACGGAUAUGAGUCCCUGAAGUUCGCUUUCCGCCCCACGGAUGGACCCAAGGCUGGCUUGACAGGAGAGAUCAUCGACACUGCGAUGCCGGUUGUGAGAAAGUUCCAGGAGAGCUCGUACAAUGUCCUCAUGCAGGUCCUCUCGUGCCUUACAGACGACCGCGUGAGAGCCAUGCAUAUCUCUGAGAAGGCUUCACGGACAAAUGCGGUUGUUCUUCGCUAUCCUCACGAUGCACCAUUCCAAUCAUCCGGGCACAACGAGCACAAAGACAUGGGCACCUUGACACUUCUGCUCACAGAGCAAUGGGGCCUACAGAUUCGAGAUCCAGUGGAAUCAGUCUGGAGAUAUGUGCCACCUUCGAAAACCGGGGCGAUAGUGAACGUCGGCGACUCAUUGAGCUUCAUCUCCCAGGGGACGUACACAUCUGCUCUGCAUCGGGUAGAACGGAUCAACGAUGGAACUCAGGAGGACAAAUACUCUUUCGCUUUCUUUUUGCGGCCCGCUGACGAUGCUGAGUAUCAGGACAGCAACGGAAAUGUCAUGACUGCAGCAGAUUGGCAUAAUAUCAGAACUGAGAAGAAGAUUGCUGGCUUCAAAAAUGAUAGGCUUUGAAGAGCAUAGUAGCGCAGUAUCAAUCGAUAGUCUACAUAGAAUCGCCAUUGCUAUCAGACGGC